GCCGUGGCAGCACUGAUGGAGGCAUGCCCAAUGGAAUGCGACCCGGCACAAGCAAUGGCAACCCCUCACCGCCCAGCUCCGUGGGACGGUCGAGCGACGGCACAGGCCUGUAUGCAUCGAGCAUAAGCGACAGCAUCCGGCCCUCGGUCGAUGGCAGGAAGCUGCAGGCGCUCGAGGACACCAUGGCCGAGCACUUCCACGUCCUCAAGGCCUAUCUUGGCCCGUAUCUAAACGACGAAAAAGGAAACCCCCGGCCCAGCCGCGCAAAGGACAAGCUGACCAGACUCUCGGCCGUCCAGUUCCAGGAGCUCAGCACCGACGUGUACGAUGAAUCCAUACGCCGAGAGCAGGAUCGCAAGCGCGGAGGGCCAGGCGCCCCGGAGAACGACACGCCCCAGUACCUCCUGCCCAAGAACAAUUUCCACCCCAAGCGCAACCAGGCGCGGCAGAAGCUGUCGACGCUGCCCCUCGAGCGCUUCCGCCAACUCGCAACCGACGUCUUCUACGAGCUCGAACGCAGAUUUCCCCGCUUCACCGGAGGCGACAUGCCCCAGCGACCCUCGAGCCCCGCCGCCAGCAUCCAGAGUCGCAUGAGUAACAGAGGGCCGCCCAGCAGAGCAGGCACGCCAAAUAGCAUGGCUGGCCGACCGCCGCCUGGGCCCGGAUAUCGAGGGCCGCCGCCAAUGGGCGGGCCCAUGGGCGGACCCAUGGGUGGACCCCCAGGAGGACCUCCAGGCCCGCCAGGACAAAUGCGGCCCGGCUCAGGAAACGACCCAAAUUCAUUCGGCCGCCCCCUACCCAAGACGUUUCAGUCAAACACAAUUGUCCCCAACAAGGGCACGCUGGUCGAAGACGACGACGACAGCGCGGCAGACGAUGAUGAUGCCUUCAACCUAGAAGGCGCUGCGGCAAGACGACAAACCGACAAGAGCGCAAAGAGCAUGAGCAUGGCCCAGGAAAAGAUGACGACAGACCUUCAAAAUCAGGUGGCGGAACUGCAAGAAAAAAUUGGCUCCCUCGAGGCUUCGUUACGAGACAAGGACAAUGAGUUGCAACGACUACAGGCAGCCGAUAAGACGCAGAAUGGCAGUUCAGAGACGGAGCGUGCAGAAUGGGACCAGCUUCGCUCUACGCUGGAGCAAAAAGUCCAAGAGGCAGAGAGCCUGAACUCGUCGCUCAGGUCUGAGAUAGACAAGUUGCGCAGUGAAAAUGAGAACAUUGAGCACAGUCUCCGCGCCCAAAUUGCAGAUCUCGAGUCUAGGCCACCACCGCAAGCGUCGAAUGAAAGCGGCGGAGAAUGGAGGCAGCGAUGUGAAGAGCUUGAACGGGAACUGGGCGAACAACAACAAGUGACGGAAGAAGUUCGAAGAGACGCGUCCGUGUUCCUGCAGGAAAUGAAAGAGCUGUCAGCCCGCAGCAAUGCAGCCGCAGAAAAAGAAGAACAAAUGGCAAAUCAAGUUUCGUCAUUGGAAGCCGAGCUCAAGGACUGGAAAUCCAGAUAUGCACGCGCCAAAACGCAACUCCGGAACCUCAAGGCAUCGUCCAUGGGCUUGUCUCAACUGGUAGCGGCGGAUCUGGGUGGCUACGCGCGUGACUCUACCUUUACCUCGCCCGAUGGACUCGUCAAGGAUGUGCAUAUAACCAAGUUCCAGCUCAGUAUCGAUGAGCUGCUUCAGAUCGCCAGGAGAGCCAAUUCGGAACAAACCCUCGAAAGCAUGCGACAUGUUGUCAAGUGUGUCCGAGCCAUCACUGGCGACAUCGACAAUACCCCAUUGUCGCAGGUUCAAUCGCCCAUUAGCAGUGUAAACGGUGACUUGUUGGCAAAUCCCGAGAGGCAGCAGGCAAAAUUAAAGUCACGUGUCAGCGCGACAGCCAACAAUCUCAUUACGGCCACCAAGAACCACGUGGCCUCUGGCGGACUGUCACCUGUUAGUUUGCUCGAUGCUGCCGCUAGUCACUUGUCGACAGCUGUUGUCGAGCUAGUCAAGCACGUCAAGGUUCGGCCUACGCCCGAAGAUGAACUGGAGGCCGAUGACGAGGACGUGGAUAGGCCGAUGCCACUCAAGUCGACCGUCUACGCGAAUCCCAAUGCCAAUGGAAACAGCGCCAGUGGCGGUGCUGCUUUAAAGCAAGGUCAUCAACGCGGCAAUAGCAGAGGAGGUAGUAGUGAUACCACUCGGUAUAGCAACCACAGUUCCCCUUACAGCGGCUAUGACCGUCGAAGCGUUGGCAUGAAUGGCGCCAACGGCAUGAACGACAGCGGUAUGCUCGAGUUCAAGAACUACCUCGAAGACCAAACGGCUCUGCUUGUCCAAAGCAUCCAACCCUUGGUCACCCUCAUACGUGCCAAUCCCGACACGACGCCUGCAGAAGAACAACAGAUAUAUGAGUUCAUCCAAGAUAUCUCGCAGGCGGUCGAGGACACUGGCAACAAAACUUACGAUGCCGUCAAUCAGCUUUCCAACCCAGCUCUGAAGAAGCAUGCCAUCCCUGUUGUCGAAGUGCUCGAUGAAUGCAGACGAAACAUGCUGGCCGUAGACAUAAGAGGUGGAGGCUCUGAGAGAAUCCCCCCGCUUGCGUUCAAAACUGCAAGGGCUCUCAAGGAGCUCGUACUUCGCGUUGACCGCAUCGAAUCGGGCGAACUCACAGUCGACCAGACCCUUAAUAUGGAGGUAUAAUAGAAUUUACUGGGAUGGCAAAUCCUAGUUAAUAGCAUGGCUCUUACGUAAUGAUGGCAAGGACUAAUUACAACCGGCACCUCCCAUGCUUUCGCAGUCGCGGCAUGGCAUGAUGUUGGAUUUCUAUUUCUCAGGGAGCGUCGUCACCUGUCACGACACAACCUACAUUUGAUUCACUCAAACUUGGAUAACUUUCUCCACCCUCUGUUGGGGUAGUAACACGCAUUGGUGCUGGCCACUCCCGGUCCUGCUGAUUUUUUUUUCUGUCGUUUAUGACGAUGAUGGUUUUCCAGCGGAUUCCCAUUUGCUCGCUAGGUAACGGGUAUUGGUUUUGGUAGAAAGGGAUUCAGGUUGGCAAAGCCAUGGUUACUUG